UGGGCUAUAUUAUCGCAUAGAUGGGAAAGCAAGGAGCUCCUGCUACACGACGUUCAGGACAAGGUCGUGUAUGAUUUGGAUCCAGUCGGAACUGCGGUGAAGUUGCAGACAUUCUGCAAAAUCGCUCGUGAUGCAGGGCAUUACUGGGCUUGGAGCAAUACAUGUUGCAUUGAUCAGAAUAACAACGUUGAGCUCCAACGAUCGGUCAACUCCAUGUUUGUUUGGUAUCGUCAGUCGGCUCUCACAAUCGUCUACUUGUCGGAUGUUCUCCCUUCAGCGCAGUCAGGCUAG